UCUCUUUGAUGUUAUUUUCAACAGAGGAAAUAUAUGCAUUUUCCAAAGUCAUGAAAUAAGACAUCUUUCUCUUGCUAUUGACAAUAGCAAUGUCACUGGAAUGGGUGUGUUCCUCAACAGUGCUGUGGUUCUACUUGCUACCAGCCUGUGCCAAGCCCUGUGUCUCCAGCCUGAUGGGAGCUGCACUGGAGUGGGAAGCCAGUCUGAAAAAUCCUACUGGAAAGUGCAUAAAAUCAGCUCUGGUAUUUGCAUGUUCGAAAGUGUGAAAAAUGAACGGAUGUAUCUAAGGAUUAAGGAUGGCCAGUGUGAUGGAACAGGUACAGGAGAUACUGACUGUCAUUUUAAAAUUAAGAAGAACUUGGAAAAUGCAUCUAUAAGCCUGGAAUCCAUGAAAAGCCCAGGAUUGUUUGUUGGACUUCAGCCAGAUGGACAGGCAAAACCAGUUAUUUAUACUAAGAAUGGGAAUGUUUUCUUCUAUCCCCAGGUCAUCAAAUUUGGCAGAGAAAACCCAAUGCGUAUGUCAGCAACACCCAGCCAAGAGGAGGAAAAAAUCCAUGAGUCAAAAAACCAGCAAGAAACACUACCAGAAUCUGAGGCCAAGUGUUCCUUACUUUCUUCAGCUGCAAUAGUAAGAUACUAUGUUGAUGUCCAUACCGGGCAACUGAAGCAAGCAGAAACAGAGUCUGAAGUUUCCCUGUGUCUCUGUGGAGAGAGGGGAGACUCCGGUCUUAGACUGCUGGACAAAUCUAAUAUGCCAGUAAAAUUUCAAAGAGGACAGACUGAUACAUUUCAAGUGGAAACAGUGUCACUUGGAAAACUGCAGAAGGUGCUGUUGCACUGCGAGGCCAGUGAGGAAUCCCAGUAUUGGUACUGUGAGAAGGUCGUGGUCAGAGAACUUGAGACUGCAUCGGAGACUGUCUUCACCUGUGAAAGAUGGCUUCCCUUUAUGUCUCAGGGCAUAAUUCAUUCAGAAAUUGAACUUUAUCUUGAAGAAAUGCAAAUAAAUCAUCAACCUAAAAUACAAGAGGAAGAAAAUGAAGGAGAUUGGAAGGUGACCAUUGUCACUGGGGAUCUUGAAAAUGCCGGCACUACAGCAACAGUAUCUCUUUAUGUCUAUGGAGAAGCAACAUGUUCAGGUCCUAUUAUUUUGGGAUCUGGAAAAUACCAGCUGUUUAACCCUAACAGUGCAGAUAUAUUCAAGAUUAAUCUUAAAGAUAUUGGUGAAAUCUAUAAAGUACGCAUUGGACAUGACAACAGUGGAAAGGAUCCUGCAUGGUAUCUGGAAGAAAUUAGGCUUGAAAAUAUAGAUACAUGUGAGGUGUAUUGUCUAGCUGUUGACUCCUGGAUAGCUGAGAAUGAAAAUGGUGGAGAUCUAUGGAAAGAAGUACCCAUGGCAAGAACUAACAAAGCACCUUUACCAGUGGUGGUUUAUGAGAUCUACAUGUACACGGGCAGGAAGCCAGGUGCAGAGACGGAGUCUAACGUGGUUAUCAACCUCAUUGGCACCAGAGGAGAUUCAGGGAACCGAAGGCUUCAUCAAUCCCAAAAUAACACAGUCAAGUUUCGGCGUGGACAGGUUGAUAUUUUUUCCAUUGAGGCAGUGUCUCUGGGAAAACUGAAGAAAGUUCUGAUUAGUCAUGAUGGGACAGGUCCAGGUAACGGAUGGUUUCUAGAGAGUAUUGUUGUUAAGUCUGAAGAGGAAGAUGGCAGUCAAGAAGUGCUGUUUCCAUGCAACCGGUGGCUAGAUGAGUACCAAGAUGAUGGCAGGACUGAACGAGAAUUGUUCGCAGAACAUGAAGUCUCACCAUGAAGGAGAGACUGAGUCUGUGGCUUCCUGAUGGGGUCAACAUGUGUGUGUCUUGCCUUCAUGGUGCCUUCAAAAGUCUAUUGAUCUCCUGGUGAUAGUAUAUUUGCCCUCCUCUCAUACUGGAGCAAACAGCUGGGGAGGUCAGCUUAUUCUGGACCCAUCGUUUGCUUGAGAACUUCAACAGUUGGGAGAAGAAUCAACCAACAACUGACCAAGAUUAGUCCAUGAUAGAUGGAGUAGGGACACACACUGUUUCUUCUUAUGGGUGAAAUAGGUGAAGGGGAUUAAGAGUACACUUAUGAUGAGCAUUGAAGAAUGUAUAGAAUUGUCAAGUCACUAUGUUGUACACCUGAAACUGAUAUAGCACUAUAUAUUAACUGCACUGGAAUUAAAUUUAAAAAAAAAAUAUUGUUAAUCAGAGAAAGACAAUUGUCAUAUGAUUUCACUCAUAUGUGGAAUAAAAGAAACAGUCCAGACAA